AUGGAGGCCACAUCAUUAUUGGAAGAGACCCCACCCCGCGAGGAAGAAACUAAAAUGACUGGAGAUGAUUUGCAGGUUCUGGGGGUAAUUCCAUACGCUAAACCUAGAUAUCCAGGCUUGGCAAAAUACAAACAGCGUUUGGAAACAUUCGACCUCAGCUGGACUGGUUGUGUCAAGCAAACAUCUCACGAAUUGGCAGAAUCAGGAUUUUUCUUCUGUGACCUAAGUGACCACAUGCGCUGCUUUUUCUGUGGGAAUGAUUUUCGUAAUUGGGAACCCGCUGACGACCCUUGGACACUGCACGCGCAAUGGUAUCCUGAGUGCACCUUUGUCAACAUUAAAAAGGAUGCACACUUCAUUAAGAAUGCUAGAGAAUCUUCGCAGCGUCGAACUAUAAAACCCAUAGAUGAACAUCUUUUAACUGGUCUGAUGGAAGUCGCCUCAGCUAAUGAAAUGGAUGUCGACGUUGUUGGAUCAAUGAGCGGGUUCAUGACCACUAAUCUUGGUUUGCGGGCUUUGCCUUCUCCUGUUGAAACAGCGGCGGAAGAGACGACUAUAGUCGCUAAUGAAAUGGAUGUUGAAACUGGCGAAGAGGCCACAGACUUUGAUGCGACAUCCCAUGUUGAAAGUGUGAUGAACACAUCUACUCCAACGUCUUGGGCUGCUGAUAUUUUGUGUACCCAGGUACACAUCGCGGGGGCUCAGGAACGGUACAUCCAGGAGGGCAGCGUGCUGGCGGUGACCUGUACCGUCGCCCACCACCACAUGAAGGGUCCUCACGCCGUGGUGUGGUACCAGGGCGCCCGCAGACUGGACUACGAUGCUCCGAGAGGUGGAAUAGCUCUCCAG